GCCGUCGGGAGAGCGCAUCCAUGUCUGGCCUGUAUUUCUGUGUCUUCUGCGACACAAUGGUGUUGUCGUCGGCAGAGAUGGCCGAACACGUGGGCCAACACUUGGGCCGAAAGGGCGGUCAUUACGACGACUACGACAGCGACGACCCGUCGGCCGUUCGCGAGUUGACUGACGUCGAGAAGCGAGUGGUCGACCGUUUGAUGGCAUACGAGGAGCAGCUGAACGUCACGCUGCAGCUGAUCCCACAGGAGUUGCCCGAAGACAGCGUACAGACACUGUUGAUGGGGUGUCCCGUUUGCGACUCAUUGAUCCGCUGCCAUGAGCUCGAUUUCAGCAACAAGUCGUACGUCGGCCGCGACUCCACUCAAGGCAUUCCGGAGCCCACCGUCGCCGCCGCCGUUGACGGCUCGCCGCUCUCACCCAUUGGUGGCCACAAUUCGUACUCACAUUUGCCGUCCGGUGACCGCAACUCA